AUGUCUCUCUCAAUACCCAACGCUCCCAACGCCGGGCUCUUCAAGGGCGGAUAUCAAAACUACGAUGCUGAAGAUGGCGCGGUUAUUCGCAACAUCGACGCCUGCCGUACCAUUGCCCAGACUGUCCAGACCUCUCUGGGACCUUAUGGUCGCAACAAGAUUGUCAUCAAUCACCUCCAGAAGAUGAUCCUCACAUCAGACGCUGCGACGAUACUGCGAGAACUCGAAGUCGUUCACCCCGCGGCAAAGUUGGUUGUCAUGGCCAGUCAGCAACAAGAGGCAGAAAUGGGCGAUGCUACAAACCUGGUCAUUGUUCUAGCUGGCGAGCUGCUGAAGAAAGCCGAGGAGCUGAUCCGUAUGGGCUUAAAGACCAGCGAUAUUGUUCUGGGAUACGAAAAGGCACAGAAUGCGGCCCUGCAGACUCUGGAAGAGCUGGUAUGCGACAAGGUUGCAGACAUCAGAUCACAACAGGAGCUCAGCAAAGCGAUCCGCACUGUUGUCGCAGCCAAGCAGUCUGGUAACGAAGAAUUCCUCGCGGACCUCGUCGCCGAAGCCGUGCUUGCCGUCCUCCCCAAGAAUCCCGUCAACUUCAACGUCGACAAUGUCCGUGUGGUCAAGAUCAUGGGCGGUAGCCUCGCACAGAGCAAAGUUGUCAAGGGUAUGGUCUUUGCAAGGCAACCAGAAGGAACCGUCACAAAAGCAACCAAGGCCAAGGUCGGAGUUUUCUCAUGUCCAGUGGACAUUUCGCAGACCGAGACCAAAGGCACGGUGCUCCUGCACAAUGCAAAGGAGAUGAUGGACUUUACAAAAGGUGAGGAGAACCAGGUGGAACAGAUUAUCAAGGAGCUCCACGACUCUGGUAUGAGAGUCGUGGUUGCUGGAUCGACAAUCGGAGAGCUGGCACAACACUACCUGAACCGCUACAAUAUCCUGGUCAUCAAGGUUCUCUCCAAAUUCGAGCUUCGCCGGCUAUGCCGCGUUGUUGGCGCUACACCGCUCGCUCGUCUCGGUGCUCCGAUGCCGGACGAGAUGGGUUCCAUUGACAUUGUCGAGACGCUGGAGAUUGGUGGCGACCGUGUGACGGUGUUCAGACAAGAGAACGAGCAAACGCGGACGGCGACGCUUGUUCUACGUGGCGCCACACAGAACCACCUGGACGAUGUGGAGCGCGCCGUUGAUGAUGGUGUCAACGUGGUCAAGGCCAUUACUCGCGACCCCAGACUGGUGCCUGGCGCCGGUGCUACGGAAAUGCAGCUGAUUGAGAGGGUCAAGGCGAUUGCCGACCGCACCUCUGGCCUCGCACAAUACUCGAUUCGCAAGUACGCAGAAGCAUUCGAGGUGAUUCCAAGGACGCUUGCCGAGUCGGCCGGCCUCGACGCCACCGAAGUUCUGGCGCGGCUGUACGUUGCCCACGCGGCGCAAAAGGGCCGCAAGGACGACGAGUGGACGGUUGGCGUGGAUAUUGAAAACGAGGACGGGACGGGCACGCUGGAUGCAAAGGCCGAGGGCAUCCUCGAUCUCUGGGUCAGCAAGAGCUGGGCUAUCAAGCUGGCCACGGAGGCGGCGAGAACGGUGUUGAGCGUCGAUCAAAUCAUUGUGGCUAGGCAGGCUGGUGGGCCCAAGAUGCCGGGUAAGGCCCAGCAGGGCAAUUGGGACCAGGACGAUUAG